AUGCGGUCGAUCAACCAGCUACAGGAGCAGCUCCAGGGACUGAAAGCUCAAGAAAAAGAGCACCGUCGGUCCGCGUUGAUCCAAGACCUACGCACACAGCAACGCGAACAAGAGCUGCUUAUCGACGUACUCAAGCAAGCUCUGCAAGAAAAAGCACCAGAGUUUCAGGACUCGCGUGCACUUGUAAACGAUUUCGUUCUCAAGAAGGCGGUGGGGGCUCCAUUGAGGUUCCGCCCGAAAACGCGUGAAGAACUCGAGAAUGAGCUGCAAGCGCUCGGUCAAAAUUUCCAGCGGACGGUGGAGAAACUCAAGCAAGACAACCAGCGCAACGCCGCAGCAGCGAAGGAGGAGAAACCCAACGAGAGUGAAGAAGAAGAAGAGGAAGAUGAUGCGAAAGAGGAGAAGGACGCAGCCAAUUUAGCCAACAAUCGCGAUGCUGCUGCAGAAUGGUGGCAUCGUAGAUUUGAGGACCAGAUCGUGCGCAAGAAGCACAAGAUCGCGCUACUUCGAGAGCAACUGGAGCGCCAACAAGCAGAAAAUGUCGAGCUGGUCCAGGAAAAAGAGGAUCUUAAUGAGAAGUACCUACAACUCCAGGAAGAGGCUCAAUUUCUACGUGAUAUCAACAUGGAGGACGCUGGGGCCAAGGAUGAGGAGCGAUUGCAGCAACUCGAGCUCAUUCAAACUCUGCGUUCCCGAGAGCUGGAGCUCCAGGACGAACUGGAAACUCAACAGAAAAAAUGGUCCAGCGAUCGAGACACGAUGCAUCAGCGCUUGCGGCUACUCGAAAGGGAGAAGCUCCUCGCAGAGGAGGAAGGCGCUCGAAUGGGGGCAGAGCUGACGAAACUACAAAAGAAACACGAUGCAUCACUGCAGGAGGCGCGUGAGCUGAAGAUGGCAGUUCAAGAGGAGCAGGAUCAAAAACUGCUUCUGGCUAACCGAAUUGAGGUAGAAUUGCUUGUGUCUGAGGAGUCAAUUCACGUGAUUUAA